AUGGGGACGCCAUUCAUCUCUCUUGUCGUCAUUCCCAUCCUGUCGGUUCUUGGGUGGUACGUUAUCUCGUGGGCUACCAGCCCGUUGAAGAAGUACCCGGGCCCCCCUCUUGCUGCCUUUACCAAUUGGUGGCGACUCUACCAUGCUUGGACUGGCAGAUACCAUGAUGUCAUCUAUGAACAACACAAGAAGUACGGACCCGUUGUCCGUAUCGGCCCUAACACUCUCGACCUCGAUUACCCCGAGUUGAUCAAGACCAUCUACGGCACUGAUAACAAGUGGCUCAAGACCGAGUUCUAUCAUAACAACAGCGCCAUCGUCAAUGGGAAGAUCACAUACCAUAUGUUCAGCACCACGGACCCAGCUGAACAUACCAGGAUGAAGAAGCCGAUAGCCAAGUACUACUCGACGAGCUAUGUCCAGGCUCUGGAGCCCCAUGUUGACGUUGUUCUCAACGACUUUUGCAAGUAUGUUGAGGAGCGCUUUAUCGAUGUUCCCGGUGGACCUAAGGAACUUGACUUUGGCGAAUGGCUCGGAUACCACGCUUGGGACCUCAUCAGCUCCGUGGUCUUCAGCCGUCGCUUCGGCUACAUGGAGCACGGCGGUGACUUCGAUGGGACCAUUGAGAAAAUGGAGCAAUCCCUUCGCUACUUCCAGACAGUCGGUCAGAUACCUAUCCUUGACUACUUCCUUGACAAGAACCCCGUCAAGCGUGUCGGCCCUCCCAACUUGGUCCACCCUGCUCGCAUCGCCGUCGAGUCCUUCGUUGCUCGCGUGCAAGGCAAGGACGAGAACUAUGACCCCAAACACCCGGAUUACCUGCAGCAUUUCAUCGACUCCAAGGAGACUCAUCCGGACCUCGUUGAUGACGGUGCGAUCAUUAGUGCUGUGCUCGUCAACCUGCUCGCGGGUGCCGACACCACUGCCAUCUCCCUCCGCGCUGUCUUCUACUACAUGCUCAAGAAUCCUUCCGUCUACAACAAGGUGUCCGAGGAGAUCCAGGCCGCUGGUUUUGACCGCUCCAAGCCUGUCCCCUAUUCCGGCGCUCGCCAGCUCCCCUAUCUUGAAGCCUGCGUUCGCGAAGCUCUCCGUAUCCACCCUGCUGCUGCUAUUCUUCUUGAGCGCUACGUCCCCGCUGGCGGCAUCACGCUUCCGGACGGCUCUUUUGUUCCUGCCGGUACCGCUGUUGGUCUCAACCCUUGGGUCGUUAGCCGCAACAAGAGCAUCUUCGGCGAGGAUACCGAUACCUUCCGUCCUGAGCGUUGGCUGCAGCAAUCCGGUGAAGAUGACGAGGCAUUCCAUGUCCGCAUGCAGAAGUACAACGCGGCAGACUUGACCUUCGGUAAUGGUUCGCGUAUCUGCGCUGGCAAGAACUUUGCCUUGUUUGAGCUGUACAAGGUUUGUGCGACGCUGUUGCACAGGUUCGAGAUUGAGUUGGCAGACCCGGCCAAGGAGUGGCAGGUUUCGGGUUCUUGGUUCACCUUCCAGAAGGAUGUGAUUGCCAAGAUGAAGGCCAUCGAGCAUAACAAAAGUCCUCGAACACUCCACCGGAACGAUGAAGCCCAUCUUUUCCUUGACUGCUUUGCUCGCUCUGGCGACGGCAACACCAACGCCCACCCGCGACAAACCACCGGCGGGUCAGGCGGCACUGUUACCACGGUCUCGACUUUGGCCCAGUUCACCGCGGCUGUCAGUGAGAAGAACACCGCUCCGGCUAUCGUUGUCAUCAAAGGUGUAAUCAGUGGCAAUGAGAAGGUCAGAGUCGCCAGCAACAAGACCAUCAUAGGCUUGCCUGGCGCAGGGUUCAACGGUGUUGGCCUUCAUUUUCGCCGGCAGAGCAACCUAAUCCUCCGGAACAUCGUUUCGUCCUUCGUGGAGGCAGACAACGGAGAUGGGUUGACGAUCGAAGCAAGCAGUAACGUAUGGGUUGACCACUGCGAGUUCUACUCGGAUCUGGUUAGCGACAAGGACUUUUAUGACGGUCUUGUUGAUGUUUCCCAUGGGUCCGAAUGGGUGACAAUCUCUCACGACAGCAACGGCUCCCAAGAUAGGGGGCACCUCCAUAUCACCUAUGCCAACAACUACUGGAAGAAUUGUGGCUCGCGCGGUCCCUUGGUCCGGUUUGGCACCGCACACAUCUACAACUCCUACUAUGAGAACAAGUACUCGAAGCAAGUCGGCUAUGCCGUAGAGAUUGACAACGACUUUGGAGGUGCAAGCAACACUGCUCCCAGUGGUACCCUGACCGCCAAUUCACCGCCGUACUCAUAUAGCCUUCUUGGAUCUUCGAAUGUGGCAGCUACCGUGCCGAAGCAGGCCGGUGCUAUUCUUAGCUUCUAG